AUGCUCGACGACGUCCCGCGGACCGCGGCGUACAGGGACGCGUUGGAGCGCAACCCCUCGCUGAUGAACGGCGCCAAGGUGCUGGACGUGGGAUGCGGCACCGGCAUCCUCUCGAUGUUCGCCGCGCGGGGAGGCGCGUCCGCGGUCGUCGGCGUGGACGGCGCGGCGCCGAUGGCGGCGUGCGCGCGCGCCAACGUCGCGCACAACGGCGUCGACGACAGGGUAUCCAUCGUCCAGGGCAAGGUGGAGGAGCUGUUGCGCAAAGGCGACGUGCAACUCGGCGGCGCCAACUCGUAUGAUGUGCUGGUCAGCGAGUGGAUGGGCUACGGCCUGCUCUUCGAGUCCAUGCUCGACACCGUCAUCGCCGCCAGGGACGCGAUGCUCAAGCCGGGGGGCGCGGUUUUGCCCGACGUCGCGACGAUUCACGUCGCCGGCUUUGGACGAAACGCCACGAGCCAGCCCUUCUGGGACGACGUCUACGGCUUCGAGAUGCCCGCGGUGCAGGCGGACCUCGCGGAGGAGGCGGCCAAGCUGGCGGUGGUUCACGGCGUCAAGGGUGCGCACGUGUGCACCACCGACGGGAUGGUCAAGUCGCUGGACCUGGCCACCAUGACGGUGUUGGACACCGAGUUCAGCAGCGAGGAGGUUCUGAUCACGGCGAGGACCGACGGCCCGAUCAUGUGCCACGGGAUCGUGGUGUGGUUCGACACCGCCUUCUCCGAGCGGUUCUGUAAGGAGGCGCCGGUGGUUUUGACCACGUCGCCUCACGCGGAGCGAACGCACUGGGCGCAGACCUUGCUGCACUUCCCGGAACCCGUCGCGCUCGUGCCCCACGGCUCGUUUUGGUGGGGUAAGGACCAGCCAAAAAUGGGUCUGAUCGGUACCAGGACGAACCCGGCAAAGGGAAUUAAGGUUCGCAUCGGGAUGGCAAAGUGCAAGGAGGAGGAGAGGGCUCGGGGGUUGGACAUAUCCCUGGAGUACGAGCCGGUGCUCGAGGACGGCACCCCGGGGACGAGGAAAGCGCGAAUGUACCAAAUGUAG